AUGAAAUUGAAGAGAUGUUGAAUAAACUUUGCUUGAAGGCGAAUAUGCUAAUGACUCAACUCUUUACAGUGGGAUGACGGAGAAAAUGUUAGAGUGAGAGAGAUGAAAGAGGAAAGGUUGAGAGGAAUGACGGAGGCUCUCUGCAAUGCUUACUGUGGUGAAAAUUAUGGGUCUACUGAUUUUGAUGCGCUCGCAAAUGUGAGAGAUGCAAUUUUAAGGAUGACAUAUUAUUGGUAUAACUUUAUGCCACUGUCCAGAGGAUCUGCUGUAGUCGGAUUUGCAGUCAUGCUGGGUUUGUUCCUUGCUGCUAAUAUGGAGUUCACAGGAAGCAUCCCACAAGGUUUGCAGGUUGAUUGGGAAGCCAUUUUGAGCUUGGAUCCAAAUUCCUUUGUGGAUUCUGUCAAAAGGUGGCUAUACCCAUCUCUGAAGGUAACAACCUCAUGGAAAGACUAUCAUGACGUAGCAUCAACGUUUGCAACAACAGGGUCGGUUGUUGCUGCCUUGAGCUCUUCUGAUGAUUGAACUCCUUGAAAUAACGGCCAGGUUUCAGUAUGUUUCGCCUAUCUACUACAUUACUGCUGGUUUUUCACAAGCUUCGGAAAAUGCAACAGAACUAUUGAUUAAAAGCUGACCCUUACUAACUGAUCUUCCUCUUAAGGCUCAAUCUUUGUGCCGCUUUUUAAAUUGUAAUAAUAUAUGUUAACCUUUGUACAAUCUUGUAAAUUAUGGCAUUGGAUGAUUAGAUAACCAUUUAUCUUUUCAUUCUAAUAGCCACUAUGUGGUUGCCCAGCCCAUAUAUGAAAACAGAUUCGAGACGAA